CUUUUUAAAUCAAUUGAAUCUCACCUAUAAUUUUGGAUGUUUCGCUGGCUUGAUCUAUUCAAAAUUGAACGGUGAAUGCGGCCAACUUCACUCUGUCGAUAAAACAAAAACAGCGGUGGCUGGAAAAUAGAAGCUCUGUGAAAAGUGCAAUUUUACCGCGAAAAUCUCCAAAGAUUCAGGAAAACAUGAGCAGGCGUCUGGACAAGCCAAGUGGCAUACCGAAGCCGGCAAAGCCACCUUUGGCGUCAUCGAGUAAGAGCGCCUCGGCAUUUCUACCUACAGCUUCCGGACGGUUGCCUUUGUCACGAGAGCUGGCCAAUCUGCCGCCCCGAAAACGCGCAGGAUCUCCAGAUAUAGCAAGAGCCAAGGAGCCACGGGCGAAGCUCCGUCGGAGCAGAUCUUUCAACGAUCUUCCGAGCAUUGCUGCUGUGAAUCCGCUAAAGAGAACUGCUUCCACACUGGCCCCAAUUCCAGCGAAGCGAGUGGCUCCGGCUGUCACAAAGGCGAAACCACCGCCUGGAACUGGCGCAGUGGGGACAAAGGCGAAGCCUCCCGCGGCGAAACCGGCUCCUGUCAAGACUGUGACGGCUUCCAAAGCGCCUCCCGUCAAGAGAAUCCCGCCAUAUGACUACAAGGCGAGGUACAAUGCUCAGCUUGAGAAGUAUAAUGCUCUGAAGGAGAAGUUUGAUGCGCAGAAGCAGCAAUUGAUGGAGAUUGACAACCUUCCGGAGAUGUAUGAAGAGUCCCAGGCGGAACUCCAGAAAUGCCAGCAAGAAUUGGCCGCCACGCGGAAGCACAACGAGUGUUUGGAGAAGGAGUCGAAGAUCUCAUCGGAAAAGAUCGCCGUACUGACCGAGAGUUUGGAGAAAGCGGAGGAGCAGCUGAAGAAUGUCUCUGCGGCGUGCAAGACAGCGCAAGAGAGCGAGAAGAAGCUGAAGGCUGAAGUGGAGUAUCUGAAGGAGACGUGCGAGUUCUUCACCAAUGAGAAUGACAGCAUGCGGCAGGAUCUGGAGGCUUGCAGGGAUCAGUUGUUCGCCAGCGUGAUGGAGCGCAAGGAUAUCCACAAUCAGAUGAUGGACUUGCGUGGCAACAUCCGCGUGUUCUGCCGCGUCCGGCCGCCGCUAGCGAGCGAGGCGGAGAGAGCGCUGUGCGGAUGGCAGUAUUUGGACGAAGCCUCACUGGAAAUCACCGCCACGGAUCCGAAGAAUAAGGGCACACACUUGGAGUUCACCUUCGAUCAAGUGUUUCAUCCCAGGACGUCUCAGGAGGACGUCUUCGGCAUGGUUUCGCCACUGAUCCAGUCCGCUCUCGAUGGCUACAACGUGUGCAUCUUCGCCUAUGGCCAGACGGGAUCCGGGAAGACGUACACGAUGGAUGGAAGCGAGGAGAAUCAGGGCGUUAUUCCGCGUACGGUGGAUCUGCUGUUCAACUCGCUGAAGAACUACCGGCGAAUUGGAUGGGAGUAUGAAAUUCGCGCCACUUUCCUCGAGAUCUACAACGAAGUGCUCUACGAUCUGCUGGAUCCCAACGCCACUGAUCUGGAGAUCAGAAUGGUCAGCCCGACGAACAAGACGGACGUGUAUGUGAGCAACAUCACGGAGAAAUUGGUGGAGAGUCCGGAGGAGCUCAGGUAUUUCAUGGACGUGGCGAAGAGCAAUCGUGCCACCGCGUGCACAGUCGGCAAUGAGCGCUCCUCACGGUCGCAUGCCAUCACGCGCCUGCAGCUCAUCGGCGUGCACGAGGGAAAGCAGGAGAAGAGCGUUGGCACGAUAAAUCUGGUGGAUUUGGCCGGCAGUGAGAGUCCAAAAACCAGCACGCGAAUGGACGAAACGAAGAAGAUCAAUCGCAGUCUCAGCGAACUCACGAACGUGAUCAUGGCGAUUCUGAAUAAGAACGAUCACGUUCCCUACCGGAACUCGAAGCUGACUUACCUCCUCAUGCCAAGCCUCGGAGGAAACUCCAAGACGCUGAUGUUCAUCAAUGUGGCGCCAUUCCAAGAGUGCUACACGGAGUCUGUGAAGUCACUGAGAUUCGCCUCUUCAGUGAAUCACGUGAGAAUGAGCAAGAUUCGCAAGAAUAGAGUUUUAAAUAAUUAAUUUCGCGUUGAGACUCGUAAAAAAUAUUUUAUUGAAGAAAUACAAUUCAAAUAAGCGUUCCUCCAAUGAUCGUUUUGAAUUCGCAGUAAACUUUCCAUCGUCUUUGGGUGAUUUUUCUUCAAUUGAGUUUGGUCGGUUUGGUCUAAAAUCCAGUUUACCACGUUUUUGGCUCACUUUUCCCAUCACGAUUUAAUUGAAAAUAGUCUCAAAUUUAAAAAUCAGUCAGUUUUGCACUUUUUAUGACGCAUUUUCCCAACCCAAAGGAAACAAAAUGAUGUCAUUUACAACACAAAUUUGCAGUUGUGGCAUAAGUGAUCAUUACGUAAAAUGCUCUGUGCACUGUUUGCACUUUGCGUGUCUUUGAGAGCACAAUUGCACGCAGAAUUUCUAUGCAGAUUCCCCACUUUCGUCCCUGAGCGACUUGCUAAACAUCUCAUCAAACAAUUCAAUCGUAGAAUCUCUUAUCAAGAAAAUUGCCAGAGUGGCUGGAAUGCUAGUUAACAGUUGCGUGUCUUAAGCCACAAUUAAAGUGCUUAACAUCUAUUUCUCCGUUGCUUUACUACAUGGGAAAUCUCUGGUGCGGGUUUAAGCCCAGAACCUGCGAGCAGCAUUAGCGCUACAGUAGUUACACGUCGCAAACUCCACAAGUGUGCUUCCAAUGCACGACUGAGAGCCUGAGAUCCGCUUCGUGGCAGCGAGAGUGGGACAGAUAUCGCAGCAUGGGACUUGGUGGGGAUAUUUUGCCAC